GAGAAAUUUGUGAUCGCUUUCAAUGCAGAAGUUUAGAACAGGAUAGAGAGCGUUUCAAAUUUCAGACAUCGCUACCCUUAAGUCCCUCUUAUCAGUGGAGCUGGAUAGCUACGCCUCUAUAACAAGAGAUGAUGAGCAGCUAUUUGAAACGCCACCUGGCACUGUUUGUGAAGGAUGGAAGGAAGCAAAAAUUCCAAUGAACGUCAGUGAUCCAUUCAGUGCUGUUGUGGAAUACGUUGACGACAAGAAGACUCAAUCUGAAUCUAUGCUCUAUUACUCACCUGCUGAGAACACGGUAAUCAUCAGUGGAGCUAAGCGAGGUGAUAUAGUACCAUUUUUGAACGAAAAAGGCGUGCCAUCAGAAGCUUCUUUGGUAAUUCACGAUUUCAGCAAAGGCUAUGAAUAUCUUCUGGAUUCUUCCCGCUGUAUACGUCUUUCACCCUUGCCCAACAAUACUGCCGAUGUAAUUUCAUCUGCCGAGGGAGUUUUGAGCAUAGCUCCAAUCGCAAAUAUGCUUAUAGCGCCCGAUUUGAAGUUUGGAAACUAUGGUCAACUUACCUCAAGUAAUGGACGAAUGCUGGAUGUCUAUCGAGCCGUUGAUAGCAAGACAACCGACAUUGUAGAAGCUCAUUUUGAUGGCGAACUGCUCGAGAGCUACGCGACCUAUAAGCUUGUCAAUGAAAGUCCAGUACUGUCAUCGCACAUGCGAUUCACUCGAGGUCCAUCUGAUAUAGCACCUACAUUCACAGAAAGAAUUCGAAGCUGUUUCACGCAGACAGCUGCCUCCUUCAACGAGAACAACACAUUUAUUUUUGAUGUGAAAUCAAAAUCUGUGAAAGAUGUUCACAACAUAGGAGUUGAGACGGUUUCGAUUGCACUUGGUAACGCUUUGGCACAAAUUGCUCCUAUAAAUCCUUUCAGAAUCCGUGUUUUCUAUGACACGAAUGCUGAGCGGUCACUGCGAGUGUUCUUCUCUAUCGACGAAAAAAGUAAUAUAGUGCCCAGUGUUGUGCCGAAAUACAACUAUACGUUCGAUCUCUUAGUUAAUAGGGUGCUCCCUAAAUCCUACUGGCGUAUCCCGCUUCGCGGCGCAUACGUUAACACAAAUAGUGCACUAGAUAAUGAGAAUUCGGCAGAGCUUCGGCUGAUUUUUACCACUGCUGUCGGAUUGAACCCAUAUACGCUCUUAUACUGA